GUCAGGUUACUAUAGCAACGCAAACGCACAAACAGAUCCGCAGAGAAAGACCGUCGUGAAAUGCAGUGACUGAUAUUAAACUUUCUCAGAGUGGCUGAAAGAUGUUUAAGCUGGACAUGCCUGUGGACUCCCGCGUGGUACAGGCCGUGGAGCGACGGCGAGCUGCAGAGGCUGCUCGUCACGAGCGUAUCUUCAGCACGAGAAGUCGAGUGAUAGGCGUGGACACGAUCGUGCUCGAGCAGCAGAUCGCGGAGCGGCGGAACCGGGAGGAGGUGGAGAAGCAGCAGGACCUAGAGCUGGAUACACUGCGGGUCUCUAUAGACCACAUGGUUCUGGAGCAGGUAAAGGAAGAGGAACAGAGAAGAAGAGAGCUGGCGGAGGAGCUUCAGCAGUACCGGGCAUUAUGCCAGCGCCCUGAGGACUCUCGAGAUGCAGAUAUUAACUAUAAACACCAGGGGGCGCCAUCUGUCUACUUACCAUCUGAAGAGUCACUUGGCCCCGCCAGUAUGCAGGUUUUUCAGGGAGAAGGAAUUGGGGAGGAGGAAAAGAAGAGGUUUCAAAUGGAGCUGAAUGAGAGAACAUUCCGAGCUCAAAGAGAAGAGCGGGACAGGCAAGAGAAAGAGAAGAAACAUAAAGAUAUGCUGAGAGACAUGGAAUUGAUGCAGCGAAACCUUAUAGAUGUUCAGCUGGAUGCGCUGGAGGAAGAGUGCAAACGGGCAGCCCGUAUGGCCCUCAAAAGCUACAAUCAGGCACAGGUGGAUGAGAGACGGGAGAGAGAGAGACAGGAGAAGCUGAGACAGGAGGGCGAGGGGAUGAAGGAGGUGUGGCACAUGGUGACCUCCGACCUGCUGACGGAGAGUCCUGAGGCCGCAGCCAGAGAAGGUGAGAGGUCAGCAGAGGCUCCUCGAGUGCUGCCGGAUCGCUGGAAGGGGAUGAGCCCCAAGCAGCUCAGCGCUAUCUACAGGCAGAGAGAGGAACAGCGAGCUGAGAAAGAGAAUCAGUGGCCUGUCUGUGCUGUUGGCACUGGCAUCUCUCUGUCUCUCUGUUCCCUGCUCUCUGCAGGCACAGAGACAGCUGGAGAAGCAAAGGGAGCUAGCAUGGGGUUUACAGCAGCUGGAGGAGGCGAGAGAGCAGGUGGAGGAGGAGAGGAGACUGAGGGAGAUGGAGAGAGAGAGGAGACUACAGCUGGACAAGUACAACCAGCAGCUGGCCCAGGAGCAGCAGAUACACCAGCAGUACCUCAACAAGCAGAUUUACACCAACCGGCCCACUGCCCGCUACUUCAGCCAGUUCAACACAAGCUCACGCUAGAAGACUCCAUUCCUUAUUAGACAUCUCUGUCUGUUUAACAUUUUAUAUUUUAUACUAGUCUGUGAGUUCGUUUGGUAUGAUUUACACUUUAGAAACUAUCAUACACUCAAGAAGAAAUAACUGAGCCCAGACGUGACAGAUUGCGAUGCUAUUCUUAGGGAAGGUUUUGUGGUAGGGGUGUUAAAAGGAGUGUUGAUAGACCUUUCAACAGCAAGCCACACAUUUUUAAUUAAAGGUAAAAUGAAGAUGUGGCUGCCCAUGAUAUAGUAUCUUGGUGUUUAAGGGAAGAAGUUUAGAUGGCAGCAGCAUGUGGAUGAGCAUUUCCCUGAUUAAAAAAAGAGUGCAUUCGAUUGUGUGUUCAGAAAUGUAGGGCCACUGGUUGCAGAGCCACGUUAACCUAUGUUUUUGACAAUAAAUGUAUUAUAUAAGGACUAUUACUGAUAGCAACUCAAAGAUAGCAACAUUCUGUUCUUGGAUGACAGAUAGAUAGACACCACAACACCUCACAGACGACUUUCACAACAACUCUAGAGCAGUAGGUGUAGAUUGUUCCAUGGACUUUAUUUUUGAAGCAUUUACAUACAGUGGCUGAUUCAUGAUUCACAUACAGCAUCAUUGUCCAGUUCAACCCCACUGUUACAGACCCACCCCCAAAUAAGUCCCUCAUUCCCUUUCCCACUUUACCACCGACAUGCCAUUCACCCCAUGGCACAGAGAAACACAAUGGAUUAGGGACAUGUCUGUUCAUCAUGAAGUGAUGCGACUCCCUCACAUUCCUUUCAUUCUGAUCCACUGCCUUUUCUUUUUUUAUUCUUGGUAUAUUAAUUGGAUUUCCUUAAUUUCUGUACUGUUUGAUUUGAUUUUGAGUCAUAAACAGGGAGCACAUGACAUAAGAGACUAUUUUAGUCAAGUGAUGCAUACGCCUGAACCUGUCGAGUACUGAGUCUACAGAAGCUGAAGCCAGAUUUAAGAUAAGUUUAAAUAUUUGUAAGAAUAGUAAAACUGAUACGAUGAUAUACUGACUGAGCCAUGCUGUGCCCACAAAAGUGUUGGAGAAGCUUUAGAGAAUGCUGAACAAAUGCCAUAUAGGCUAAAUCUUCUAGAAAAGCUGGGAUUUUCCAUUUAAAAUGCUACUCUACAAGCUUACGAUGCGUUGUUGUGGUUUAUGGGUUUGUUUUACAUUAUACAGUACAUUUCUCUAAUAUGCUCACCUUAAGAUUAAGCCCAUUUUAAGCCUGUAUUUAACCCUUCAGUGGCAGUAAACAAACACACUCACACUUGUGAUUAGGGCGGCUACGUCAGAACCUGCAGGGAAUUGGGGGGUUGAAUCUGUUCUGGGGUUUGAUCCAGUGACCUUCUGGUCUCAGGCCCACUUCUCUAACCUUUAGGCCAAUGCUGCCCCCCACAGCUAAAACACAUAAUUAAAAAUCUUCAUUUAAGUGUGACCUUUCAUAUACAUGUCAUAAAUAUGGGAAGUUCGCAUUAGGUUGAAUAAUAUUUAAGUCAGCACAGUAAAGCUUUUCCAUAUCAAAUGGGAUUAAUAAUUGAUUUAUCAGUACAUCCAAAUCUGACAUUUCUCAACUUGUUAUAAUUGAAUACUAUGUGUUAUUAA